AUGGAGGCAGAAAUUCACCAGCAAAUACCGAACAUUGACCCAACCAUAUCAGAAUAUUCUGUUGGUUAUCUUAAUCAUGCCGCUAAACAGUAUUUUAGUGAAGCUGAGGAGUUAAAUCCUAUGGCAGAUGCUCUUGAAGCCGUGACUGAGAUGCUUGUGUCUGCAUCGGGCGAUUUCUCUGACCAAAAUUUGACAGCUGUGCGAAAUUUGGUCGAAAAAUUCAUCACCCGUCUUAAUGAUUCUAACGCACUCGACGGCGAGGGACGACAGAUGCCUUUUGCAGCAAAGAAGCUUGAUCAGACAAUUCAGGUGAGCUCACAAAGAAAUAUUUCUUCUACCCUCGGGUUGUCUAGUGCCGCUGUCGACCUGGAGGCUACUGCGGCCAGAAAGGUCGAAUCCAAGGUCGAUAGGAAAAAGCUCGAAAAGGCCGAACGCAAAAUUCGAGCGAAACAGGACAAGAAAGUAAUGAAAAACGUCGAAUACGAAGCUUCGAGAUUGCUUGACCAGCCUACAGAGGCACAGUCCUACGAAGAAUUCUUCAUGCAAGUCAACCCGCUACAACUUGGCUCUGAUUCCCAAAUGAAGAGUAAAGACAUCAAGGUUGACGGCUUCGACAUCUCAAUCGGUGGCAAACGAAUUCUCACGGACACAAGUUUGACAUUGGCCUAUGGUAGACGUUACGGUCUCGUCGGCCAGAAUGGUAUCGGUAAAUCCACCUUACUGCGAGCAUUGAGCAGAAGAGAAGUUGCAAUUCCUACUCAUAUCUCCAUCCUCCACGUCGAGCAAGAGAUCACAGGUGAUGAUACACCAGCUCUGCAAGCAGUGUUGGAUGCUGAUGUAUGGCGUAAGAAACUGUUGCAGGAUCAGGCCAAGAUCACCCAGCAGCUGGCCGACCUCGAGGCACAACGUUCCCAAAUGGCAGAUACAUCGAGAGAGGCUGCAACACUCGACAAAGAAAAAGACGGCCUCGAUACGACCCUUGGUGAUAUUCAAGCUAAGCUCAGCGAAAUGGAGUCAGAUAAAGCAGAGCCAAGAGCCGCAAGUAUUCUGGCAGGUCUUGGCUUCUCGCCAGAAAGACAGCAAUUCGCCACAAGAACAUUCUCUGGUGGUUGGAGAAUGAGGUUGGCCCUUGCUAGAGCUCUGUUCUGCGAGCCAGACUUGUUGUUACUCGACGAACCUUCAAAUAUGUUGGACGUGCCAUCUAUUACUUUCCUGGCAAAUUAUCUGCAAACAUACCCAAGCACUGUACUGGUUGUAUCGCACGACAGAGCGUUCCUGAAUGAAAUAGCGACAGAUAUCAUACACCAGCACUCUGAGAGACUCGACUACUACAAGGGCGCCAAUUUUGACUCCUUCUAUGCCACAAAGGAGGAACGAAAGAAGACUGCCAAGCGAGAGUAUGAGAACAACGUGGCUCAGCGAGCGCAUCUGCAAGCCUUCAUCGACAAGUUCAGGUACAAUGCUGGUAAGGCAGCUGAAGCACAAUCCAGGAUCAAGAAGCUCGAGCGCAUGCCCGAGCUUCCACCACCAGAAGCUGAGUACUCUGUGCAGUUCAAGUUUCCAGAUGUGGAGAAGCUAUCUCCACCAAUUAUUCAGAUGAGUGGUGUGGCCUUUGGCUACACUAAAGAGAAGCCGUUGCUCAAGAAUGUGGAUCUGGAUGUACAACUUGACUCGAGAAUCGGCAUUGUUGGUCCGAAUGGUGCCGGCAAAACAACAAUCUUGAAGCUUCUUAUUGGCCAGCUACAACCUACUGCUGGGCUUGUCUCGCAGAACGCACGAUUGAGGAUUGGGUUUUUCGCACAGCAUCACGUUGAUGCACUGGACAUGAAUGCAUCCGCCGUUGGCUUCAUGCAGAAGAACUACCCUGGCAAGUCUGACGAGGAAUAUCGGAGGCAUCUUGGAGCUUUUGGUAUUACAGGAAUGACUGGUCUACAAAAACUCGAGUUGUUAUCGGGUGGUCAAAAGUCCAGGGUUGCAUUCGCUUGUCUCUCUUUGACUAAUCCUCAUAUCCUUGUGCUCGACGAACCUUCCAAUCAUCUCGAUAUUGAGGCCAUGGAUGCACUAUCUACAGCUUUACAGAGGUUCGGUGGUGGUGUAUUGAUGGUCAGCCACGAUGUGACAAUGUUACAAAAUGUCUGCACAAGCUUGUGGGUAUGCGACAAUGGCACAGUCACCAAGUUCCCUGGUGAUGUCAAUGCAUACAAGAAGAAACUCCUUGCACAAGCUAAUGAAGCAGGAGUUGUUCAGGCUCAUUGA